CAGAGGGCUCUGUCAGGUCAUGUGUGUGUACGGAUUCGUGGAACGCACCGCGCUGUGUAUAUGUUGCAGUCUUCGUCACUCGUAACCUGCGCGUGCACCUUUCACCUCACAGUGGUCCGUCUGCAGGCUCGAAAGUGAAAUGGCUUCAGAAUCUGAGCACAGUGGUGAAUGCCACGCAGCUGGUGAAGACACUGCAGUGAGGCGUACGAGCAUUGACCACUUGCCUGACGAGAUACUGAUAAACAUCUUCUCUCAAUUGUCUUUCAGUGAGCUGGUGGACGUGGUACGGAAAGUGUGCCGUCGUUGGAGAAAGCUGUCACGAGAUUCGAAGUUGUGGGCUGAUAAGGAAUACCAUGUCGGGGUCUCGAGGCACUGCAACUCGAAGAACUGUAAGAGUGGCAGGACUGAGCGGGAGGCAAUACGGAUCUUCCGCAGUGCCCGAAGCCUGCGUAAAGUAUACAUGUGGCGCACUGUCAACCGCCACGUCAUCAAUGUCCUCUGCAACAAAUGCCGGAGACUCACAGACCUCCAUCUGCACUCUGCCCAGGUGUUCAGCUACUCAACGGUGACGGAUUUGGUCGAGCAGUGCUCCAGGAUACAGACGCUGAGGGCAUCUGACGAACUGCUGAGGACCGAGAGAGCUUCAGUGGCAGUAUCUCGUCUACAGCACCUCCGUGUGCUGCGUCUGCAAGAGAGACACGUGUUAAAUACUCCUGUCGUGCACCCCUUUGUGCUGCGACCUUUGGCUGACGGGUGCCCCCGACUGGUAGAAAUCGACUUCGGGCAUUUGUCUGUCAAUAUGGACGAUCUGAAGUAUUUUCUGAAUGCCAAGAAGAACACCCUCAAGUCCUUACGAAUAAAGUGGUCGAUGGAUGGAACGAGGAGUCUCUUAUCGCUGCUGCCAGUAUACGCUGACAGCUUGGAAUGUCUGGAACUCUACGAGUACGACAUAGCCCGUGACUUAGCCAGAGAGGCGUUCACUACCGUCGGAAGCUUAAGGAAUUUGCGGGAACUCUGGAUGUCCGUCCCCGAUCGAGUACCACCCGGAGCAGCUGCUCUGGCUUUUACGAAUGGAGGACUGCAAGAACUGAAAGUGCUGGGUCUACCAUACGGAUGUGGCGUGGAAGAUAACACAGUAAUCGCCAUCAGCCGCGGAUGUCCCUCUUUGCGGCAGCUCUCCAUCACUCGCGCUAGGAAGCUGUCGCCUGCGGCCUUCUCGGAGAUCGACCAUCUGGAACAUCUCGAAGUACUAGAUGUGACAGGUUGCCAAAGACUCGGCGGAGCCCUAUUCCCUCACCUCGUCACGCUACCACGACUUCACACAUUGCGAGUGGGUGCCAUGUCUUUUGGUACCACGUUUUUUGGUACCACAUACGUUACAGGGUUGCAACCAGGUGUGACCAGCAUCCUCAAGUUGUCACGUUUGCGCUGUCUGACAUUCGAUUAUUCGAAUGUUACUGGAAUGCCUUUUGAUAAGUUUCCAGAGAAUCUCGUCAGUCUCAGGGAGCUGAGUGUCGAAGGGUGCCAAGGUGACCCCAAAGCCACAGACAGGCUGACCGAGCAGAUGCCAAAUCUCGUAAUUCGUGGCACCGUCCGUGCUAGGCUACAGCUUUUCUACUUUGGGCCACCUGAAGACAACAUAGUCAAUGCAGACAAACGUCCGGAGAGCGACGAAGACAGCGACAGUGAUAGUAGCGUUGGCAGCAAUGACAGUGAGAGAGGGUGAGAGCAGUGCAUCUGUGUGUAUAAAAGUGAUGUGGAAAGUACAAUUGUCAGUACUGAUUACAUGCCUUGUCAACGUAAGCAGAAACUGUUUUGAAGGAAUAUAACAAGAAAUUUUGGAAAUGUAUAGAAGAAAUUGUAAUGUUGUUUGAAUACUUGCUGUAAUAAUCUACAGUAAUGUUUGAUUCUUGUUGUAACAACAAUGGAUUUGCAAUUACACAGUUUCUUUAAAUGAUAAAAUGGCAACACAGAUCAGGUAGCAAUUUGUAAAUAGCACUGACAAUGUUUUUUUGCAGUAAGUCAAAUUUAAAAACUUGUGUGUUAUUAUGAACUUGUGAA